GGGAUUCCGGGUUUUUGACAGAAGCCAACGUGUAUAAAGUCGUGCGCGGAAUAAACGGCCGUUGAGAUUCGCAGGAUAUUUGUUAAAAAAUCAAGUGGAUGAAUUAAAGUCAUUACACGUCGCUGAUUUAUCGAACGACGAAGACUUUAUAUCGACGAUACGUUGAUUAUUACAUCGAUCGUAAGGAAAACGAAAAAAAGAGAAAUGAAUGCUUCAGUAUCGUUGAUACUUUCCAUAUUUCUUGGAAUUGUGUGUGCUAUUACAGCAUUGAAAGAAGGUGACUGCGAAGUAUGUGUUGCUGUUGUCGAUAAAUUUAGUCAGACAUUGACAGAAGACAUUAAAAGUGAUCCCAAGAAGAUUGAAACAAAGUUUCGAGAAUACUGUAAAGGCACCAAAUCAAAAGAAAAUAGAUUUUGUUAUUAUUUAGGUGGAUUGGAAGAGUCUGCCACUGGUAUUUUAGGUGAGCUGAGUAAACCAUUGUCAUGGUCUAUGCCUGCAAACAAGAUAUGCGAGAAGUUGAAGAAGAAAGAUGCUCAAAUAUGCGACCUGAGAUUUGAAAAACAAAUUGAUCUCAACACGGUGAAUCUAAAGAAGCUCAAAGUGCGCGAUUUGAAAAAGAUUCUGAAUGACUGGGAAGAGACGUGUGAUGGUUGUAUAGAAAAGACAGACUUUAUUAAACGAAUCGAGGAGCUCAAACCUAAAUACUCCAGCAAUAACUCAAAGAAGGAGCUCUGAAGGAUUAUGGUCUUCGAUUUAGACAAGCAAUUAAGUUAGUAUGGCUAAAAUUUGUCUUUAAUUUGCAGAGGAAUUGUUUACAGCAUUUAGAACAUGUAUUUAUUCAUGUAAAUGUCUACAUGAUACAUUAUUUGUAUAGCCUUGUUCUGUCAAAAUUAUCUUUGACUGUCAAAGUGACAGUCUUGAACUAAGACAUUUAAUUUUUAUUAUAUAAUAUAGUAGAUACAUUACCAUAAAAUUAGUAUGAAGCAAACAAUAAUAGACAAUGAAAAUUUUGUCAAACAAUAUAUUUACAUCUUACAAUAAUUUCGAGAGACGUAUUACAUUAGUAGUAUGAUUUCUCUCUCUCUCUCUCUCUCUGAUGUAGCCAUGCUAAUAAUGUACCUAUUUUACUGAAGGUGCUUCAUUUAUAUGAUAUCAACUCGUUAGGCGUAAAUUGAUAUAUAAAACAUUUAUACAAAAAAUUAUUUUCACAUAUAUUUAUCUUUAUUGUUCUUCCUCAUAUAAUAAUACACAGAUAUGUUUGUAUGAUAUGUCCAAAUGAUAUUUAUACUAAAACAUAAUUUAUUAUGUCAAACUUUGUAUGUGUAAGAGAUAUUUUAUCCAAUCAUUAUAUGUUAUAUUCUGGUUCUUUGAUUAUCUAAUUGAAGCGUGAAACAUGAACAAAAUGUACAAUUGAAUUUGUGUAGUAUCUAUCGUGGCCAGUAUUGAUGAACUAUUGUACACAAAUAUGCGAAUUCAACACAAUGCCAAUUUUUGAGAUGAGAAUUAUUUGUAUCGAUAUACACCAACUUUUACAGUUAAACAUGAUAAAAAUAUAUGUAUUCUCGAGAGAAGAGUACGAUAAAUUGAAAUUUACCAUUGCAAUACAAAAAAAUUGUGCAUAAAUAAUAUUUAGAUAAGGUAUUACCGCAUAUCUGUAUGUACUUCUGGAAAUCUCCCAAACUGAGUUAUUUAUUUCGUGAUAAGACUGCGUGAUUACGUUUUCUAUAUCACAUUCAUGAAUCUUGAUACAAGAAGUCAGAAAGAAAUAAAAACAUAUGUGUU